UUUUUCAUUAUUUCGCCUCGCUGGCAUCAUCGGGACAGUGAAUCGGACGGAGAUCUCGCUCGCUGGGAUCGGCUGGGGCUGAAAAUUUUUAAAAAAUUUUCAUUGCAAGUAUUUUUAGAAAAUUUCUGAAAGAAAAACCGAUUGGGCAUUCAGUGUUCUCGUGGUGGCAUGGACUCCUGAGGAACCGAAAAUCCCCAGAAAAACCAAAACAAAAUUUGAAAGAUUUGCAUAAGACGCGAGUGAGUGAGUGUUCGGUUCGGUAUGUGUUCCACAUCGGUGCUGUGUCCCCUGUGCGCGGUGCCCAGUUUCGGGAGCAUCGAUGCACUGCAGCAGCGGCUGAUAAAGGCGGCCAAUGGCCCCUUGGCAUGUCCCUUCUCCAAUUGCAAGGAGCUUUUCCUCGGCCUCGACAAGCUCACCAUUCACCUGUUCACGCACACCAGCCUGAUGACCGAAAGUCCUGCUGCCACAAGCACUGCUCCUGUUACCCCAGCAACGGCACCGACUCCGACUGCUGCACCCAAGCGAAGGGGCAAGAGAUCGAAGGCAAAGGCUGUGGAGCCGGCGCCCGCUCUACCGCCACCGCCAGCAGUGCCCGAGCCACCGGCCAGCUGCGACAUCUGUGAGUUCAGUUUCCGGAACAACGAGCUGCGAGACAUGCAUUUUCGGCUGGUGCAUGAGAAUGGGGAGGCGGAGGAGAAGCGGACGGGUCCCCAGCCGGAGAAGGAGCCCCACCAGGAGCCCUACAAGUGCCACUUAUGCUCGAAGACGUUCCGCAUGAAGGGGUCGCUGCGCGUGCACCUCAAAGUGGUGCACAUGAUGGGGGUGCCGUGCUCCAGCCAGAGCGGGAAUGGCAGUGCCACCAACCCCACCAACCCCAGUAAUGCCCCCUCGCCGAAGCUAAACAUUUGUGACCGCAUCCGGCACAAGGAGGCGUCGGCCAGUGGCAGUGGCCCCGCCUCCAGCAGCACCAGUUCGCAGCCGUAUGCGCUCAGUGGAGCGCUGAGCAUGCUGCAGCAGUCGCCAGGCUCGCCGGAGGCCGCCAGCAACACGCCCAAGGUGUGGUUGUGCGAUGUGUGCACCAAGUCCUUCACCACCAAGUAUUUCCUGAAGAAGCACAAGCGCCUGCAUACCGGGGAGAUGCCAUACACGUGCGAGAUCUGUGCCCGGACCUUCACCUUCCAGCAGUCGUACCACAAGCAUUUGCUCUACCACAGCGAGGUGAAGCCGCAUGUGUGUGGGGUGUGCGGGCGGGCCUUCAAGGAGCUGUCCACGCUGCACAACCACCAGCGCAUCCACAGCGGCGAGAAGCCCUUCAAGUGUGAGGUGUGCGGAAAAUGUUUCCGCCAGCGCGUCUCCUUUCUGGUGCACACCCGCAUCCAUACGGGCGUCAUGCCCUACAAGUGUGAGCUCUGCCAGAAGACGUUCCGCUACAAGGUGUCGCAGCGCACGCACAGAUGCCUCAGCGACGACAACCAGACGCCGGAGCAGCUCAUCAAGGCAUUUCUCGAGGGCAACGAAUCGCCGACGCAGCCCUCGCCGGCCAGUGCCGAGAUUGCGGACAUCAAUGGCUGUGGCGUGGCCGACACGGACCAGGAGGCGUUGCUCUCCCAGACCAUCGACGACAUCGUUGUGGAGCAGUGCCAGAAGCUGGGCAUCUGUGGCGGCGUCGAACCGCAGUUGGCGCAGCCAGUGCCCUUGGAUGUGGCCGGCAUACACUUCAAUGGCAGCAGUUCGCCGCUGCAGCAGCUCCAGAAUCUGCGGCUCUAUUCGCCGCAGCAGGUGGAGAUGCCCAGCUCGGAUGGGGACAUCUUUAAGCGCUUCCUGAUGGACGCCACGUAGCCGGCGCCCUGGCGAGCUCUUCUUUUGAUUGUUACACUGUUACACUUUUGUGACUCUCCGUGUCCGCCUUGUCUUAUUGAUUUACAUUUCGUUAUGAUUCUUGAAUGCCCAACGAUAAAUCGGAACAGACCCGACUCGGCUGGGCUUCAGUUCCUUGAAUAUAUUUACUUUUUACUC